GGUAUCCAAUGAUCAUGCCACAUACUCGACUGUAUUCUACUCCUUGUACCGGCAGCACAACUGAGGAACAUCCACCAACAUAAAUGUUCCUAGCACACAGUCUACGGGGACUAAUGAGGGUCCUCAGACCAGAUGGACAGGUACUGCCAGUUUUAGUCAUGUCGAUAGAGGCCAGCCUCAUCCAGCCUCCAGCUACACCUUUGCAGCUCCUCUCCAUGUCACAGUACAUGUGUUUGGGUUUGUUGUCAGUUCCACUGAUCCAAAAGAGACCUGAGAGAGACUGUGGGGCCAGCUGGAGGAUCUCCUUGCAGGAACAGGCAGGGUGA